AUGGCCGAUCUACUCUCCUCCCUUACCACAUUCGAGGAACCCUACCCAGAAAAGUCCGAAAAGCCGCCAUCCGUCAACGAAAAUGCCUACUUUCACAAUGAGGCCCGCGCCGCCUUGCGGGGGGAGCGUCUUCCCGAAGACUGGAAAAACAAUCUCUACCGCUGCGCCAUCCGCGGCAUACGGCACCACGAGGCGUUUGCCAGGUCUGCAGAGGUUGUGAAGCUCUGCAAGAAGCAGCCCGAGAGCUACUUUGCGCGGGCACGCAACGCCCGGCUCAUCAUGAGCAACCAGAUCCCCAGGAUGAAGACGGACCGCGCCAAGCCCUACUGUUUCUGGCACCCCGACACGCCCAGCGAAAAGACGCUCCGGCGCCUGGCAAAGGAGUAUCCCGACAUGGCAUAUCUCGUGGGCCGCGCGUGCGCCGUGGCAGGAUACGACGAGCUGUAUCACGAGCUCGGCCUCCUUCCCGAGGUCUCGAUCGCCGAAGAGGCCAGAGAACAAAGCGCGAACAACCCGGGAUCCAAGGCCAUCUUCGAGCACAUCAUGGAGCAGCCGGUCUGCUACGCCGUCUUGGACGACUACACCAGGACCGUCAACCACGAAAACCCACGGUGUCCGGCGUUUAUGAACGGCGACACGGCCGUCCUAUCAACACUGGAUGUGACGGUCGGCCCGGAGGACUACUGGACCAAAUGGCCCGGUUAUUAUUUUAACUUGGACAACGAGGCGUUUCCUUUCGACAUUACCGAGACCGCCCACGUUGGCGACGUCACGACGGACGCAUCAUAUACUGCGGCGCAGCAGGGAACGAUGCCGCCGGAACACGUCGAGCUGUUUUACACGCCUCUGCCGCUGCACCUGCCGACCAUGGUCAAGGACCCGCUGAUCAUCAUGGCCGCGUACGAAGGCAACCUGGACCGCUACCUGCGCCUGCGCCGGCCGGAGAUGAUCAUGGGCGAGAACGGCGCCGUUCUGCGCGGCAUCUACCACAACACCACCUUUGCCAAGUGGUGGUCGCUUCAGCCACGUGAUGGGGAAAACUCGCGAGAUCUCCGAGCCGCCACCCUCGCGCGCUUCAUCAUGGUCAACGACCUGUCCAACAUGACGGCCACCGAUCCCAAUCCCGAAGAGAACUGCUACGAGAUGCCAGGCAUGAUCUGGUGGCCGCUCAUCCCCGCCGAGCGCACGCUGGAGGCCCUCGCCAAGCUCCGGCCGGACAUGCACCUCCAGGUGGCCAUGGCGUGCAUUGCUGGCAACUACACAAAGCUGUGGGACAAGCUGGCGCCGGAACCGUCCAGACAGCUGUGGGACAUGGCUUCUUGGGAGCGCGACGACAGCGUCCGGAACCACUUUGUCGAUUAUCUCAGGAAUCGUGCUUCCGAGCUCGGACUAGAGGUCCCUGGCGAUCUGCCGGGUGUCUGCGACUAUCCUGCUCACGACUG